GUGGUCUACCAGAGUAACCAGACACUUCAAAGUGUAGAAAUUGCUGAAAAUUUUACUUCUAAACUAGGCUUAGGCUUCAAGAUUGCUUCUAUCUGGUUGUAUGAUUGUCAUACACUCAGGAUCCUUUCCUCACCUUGCUAUCUGUGCCUUAUUGAGUCCCAAUUGCCUUAGAAAAUAUUGAAAAACAACUUUCUUUGCCAUUCUUUCUUCCAUUAUUCGUCAGAAUUUCUUAAGAAAAUAAACGAACAAGCACAUUUCUCAAACUUAAAAUUAUUAGAUCAUAUGCUAGACCUCUGGUGAAGCAUAUAGUUGGUAAAGGUGACACUAUUUUCCUCUAGUAUGAUUCUUGGCAUCCCAAGGGACCUCUUAUUGAAGCAUAUGGGCAGAAAAUUGUACGAGAUGCAGCCAUUCCCUCUCAAGCAAAAUUGUCUCAUGUAAUCCAGGGGGAUUAUUGGAAAUGGCCUCCUGCUAGGUCCCCUGAACUAUUGCAGAUUCAAAUUGCUUUGUGUGGAAUGUUAUAUCCUAAUCAGGCUAUGGAGGAUCAGGUUGUUUGGUUGGCUUCUCCAUCAGGUUCUUUUCGAACAGGUGCUACUUGGAACUUCCUUAGGCAAAAAAGAUCUAAGGUACCCUGGUUUAGACUCAUUUGGUACUCAAAUUCUAUCCCCAAACAUAGUUUUAUUGCUUGGCUGGCUAUAUUAGAUAGACUCUCUACCAGGUCCAGGCAGAAGAAUUGGUCUUCUUCCAUUGAUGACACUUGUGUGCUAUGUGGGAAUGCAAGUGAAACUAGGAACCAUCUCUUCUUCUCCUGUCCCUACACUACUCAUAUUUGGGAAAAGAUUUCUUCUAUGCUGGAAAUCCCAUUAAACUGCAUUUGGCAAGAUGCUUUGGGUUGGUUAUGUAAGAGAGUUAAACAUAAGGCAUUGUAUAGCUCUCUUCUUAAAUUAGCUUGGUGUGCAUCAAUAUAUCAUAUAUGGAUUGAAAGAAACAGCAGGAUACAUAGACAGCUAUACAGAUCUCCUUCUGCAAUAAUUGAUAUGAUUCAAAUGGAUGUCCGAGACAAAGUACUGGGGUCUGUAAAGGAAAGGUCUUCUCCUAUGUCAAGGAAAAUUGCAGCACUAUGGGGAUUAGAAACUUUAUGUACAGCUAAGGUUUGAACAUACUUUAGUUUAGAAGUUAUUUCAUUCUUUGUAUAGAUUUUGGGAAUAAAUUCACAUUUUACCA